GGCGCCACGUGUCUCAGGCGCGCCUGCUCCGUGCGAACGAGUUACGGACAUCCUUCGUACCACGCACACAAAAGUUGAAGAUUCAUUUAUAAAGUAAAUCAAUUAAAGUAAGCGUUGACGUGGCAGCAGGCGUCGCAUCAUUGACGUACUUCUCGAGGGUGAGUGAAACGAAGUUUUCUAAAAGAAAAGUUAUUCUCAAAGGCGAGUUUUUAGGGGUACAGUGAUCCCUCGCCACUUCGCUGUUCAAGUUUCGCGGCCUCAGUGCAUCGCGGAUUUUUCAAAAAUAUUCAUCGAAAAAUAAAAAUUCAAAAAUACCGCCAUAUCGGCAGCCGUAUUGCGGAAAGCAGCGUUGUUUCAUCGUGAUGCGCGAGAGAAACGGUUUCCCAGGAUGCCAGACAAAGAGAGAAACUCUCUCAGAGGCUUUGUACAUAUCCACGGGCACUCAGACAAGGCACGUGAUUGGUUCCCGGCGCGAGAUUGACUAAUGAGAGCACGAGUGGAUGUAUCCCGUGAGCUGAUUGGCUGCUCAUCAUUGCAUUCUCUCCCAGCUUCUUCCCUUGUUGUACAGUGAUCCCUCGCCACUUCGCGGUUCAAGUUUCGCGGCCUCAGUGCAUCGCGGAUUUUUCGAACUGAUUUAAAGGCCUCAUUAUACCUGUGCAGUAACACCAUCAUCAUCAUCAUUCAUCAUCACAUUCAUCGAACUGCACAGGUCUGUCAUCGUCGUCAUUGUCAUCGUCAUUGUCAUCGUCGUCGUCAUUACUCAAGAUAUUACUGUCAUUGGUGAGUGUAGAACACCAUAAUACGUAUCGUAUGAGAGAGAGAAAGUGAAUGUAUAAUAUUAAGGUUUUAUAAUUAAAUAGAUUUAAGUAAAAUAUAUAUAUAAAGUAUAAAUAUACAUAUUUUAAACAUUCUGGUACCCACACACAUAUACGGAAAUCCUACUUCGCGGAUUUUCACCUAUCGCGAGGGGUUCCGGUCCCCAUUAACCGCGAUAAACAAGGGAUCACUGUAUCUCACCACUCGUUCACGCUGUCAACUGUGUCUCGCGUAUCUUAGUGUUGUGUUCGAAAUUAACUUUUCGUUAAGCCCUUACAAUGCCUCCUAAGCGCCGUGCCCCUGCGAAAGAUUCCUCUAGUGAGCCCAAGAGGAAGAGGAAGAUGAUGACCAUCAGUGAAAAGGUCAAACUUUUAGAUAUGUUAAAACAGGGCAGAAGUUAUGCCGUGGUGGCACGCCAUUAUGGAGUGAAUGAAUCGACAGUGCGCUACAUCAAAAAAGACGAAGCUGACAUCCGCAAAACUGCUGCAAUAAGCUUCAAUAAAGAAGCGAAACGUGUGGUAACUCCGCGUAAUAAGAGAAUUGUGAAAAUGGAAGCUGCAUUAGCCUUGUGGGUUGCUGAUUACAGGAAAAAAAACGUGAGUUUGGACACUAAUAUGAUCAGGACAAAGGCCAAAUCUCUCUAUGAUCAAACCUUGCCCGAUGACGACGACAAAGGAGAUGCUGAAGAAGCCGCUGAAGAUGAUCCUGACGAACUUCAAGCCAGUACUAGCUCUGCCACGAGUGAUUCGCCUCCUCGAGGACGAGGCUUUACAGCCAGCAAAGGCUGGUUCGAUAAAUUUCAAAAGAGAUACGGCCUCAAAAGCGUGCCUUUGUAUGGUGAGGCUGCCUCUGCCGAGACCGAUGCUGCUCGUCGUUACGUGGAGGAUGAGUUUCCUAAGCUCAUCAGUGAUGACGGCUACCUCCCUGAGCAAGUUUUUAACAUGGAUGAGACAGGCCUCUUUUGGAAGAGGAUGCCUUCUCGUACAUUCCUCUUCAAGGAUGAAGUGAAGAGGCCAGGCUUCAAGGCCCACAAGGACCGUGUCACUCUCAUCAUGUGUGGCAAUGCUGCAGGCUUUAUGCUUAAGCCAGGCCUUAUUUAUAAGGCCAAAAAUCCACGGGCCUUAAAAAACAAAAAUAAGGCUCUGCUCCCCGUGUAUUGGAUGCAUAACUCUAAGGCCUGGAUAACGAAAGCCCUGACUCUCGAAUGGUUCCUCCAUUGCUUCAUUCCCCAGGUGAAGCUGUAUCUGGCUCAGAAGGGCCUCCCUUUUAAGGUCCUUCUCUUGAUGGACUGUGCAGGAGGCCAUGCAACAGCCCUGCAAUAUGAUGGGGUUCAGAUCGAGUUUCUGCCCCCUAACACCACAUCUCUAAUUCAGCCGAUGGAUCAAGGUGUCAUUCGUGCCUUUAAGGCACUCUACACUCGUUCCACGAUGGAGGGCCUCAUUGCGGCAGUUGACGACGAGGAAGGCUUCACCUUGAAAAAGUACUGGCGUAACUACAACAUUGCGUCGUGCUUGACUAAUAUCCAGCAAGCAUUGAAGGACAUGAAAACUGAGACCAUAAAUUCUUGCUGGAAGAAAUUAUGGCCUAACGUGGUGCAUGACUAUGCAGGCUUCACUCCUGACGAAGUUCAUCACUCGGCGGUGGAGAAGGCGGUGAGGCUGGCUCGCAUCAUCAGGGAUGAAGGAUUCGUCGACAUGACGGAAGAAGACGUCAACGGCCUUAUCGAUGCCCACUCGGACCCACUGACAGAUGAAGACCUCCUUGAGAUGAUGAAGUCUGCAAGUGAAGAAGAAAGCGAAGAAGAGCAAGACGAAGAAAUUGAAGAGCGUGGCCUUACCCUGGAGAACCUGCAACAAUUGUGCAACAUGGCAAGGGCAAUGCAACGAUUUGCACAAGACAUCGACGAUAAUAUGGUUCGAGCUGUCGAGUUUAGCAACCGUGUUGACGGGGUUAUGUCCUUGUACAAGGGCAUUUUGCAGCAAAAGAAAAAACAACGACAGCAACUACCCAUCACCAUGUUCUUCUCCAAGAUGGGCCCUAAAAAGGUUCGUGAGAAAAGCCAAGCUACAAAGAAAAUGGUUAGGAUCACUAUUGACGUGAAAAAAGAGAUAAUAGAAAAGUAUGAAAGGGGCAUGCGCGUCACAGAUCUCGCGGUGGCAUACCGUAUGCCGAGAACGACAAUUUCGACGAUUGUGAAAAAAAAAGAAGCCAUCAAAUCAGCGAACGUUGCAAAGGGGGUGAAAUUUAUAUCAAAACAAAGAUCACAGACAUUAGAGAAAGUAGAAAAAUUGUUAUUAAUAUGGAUAAACGAAAAACAGUUGGCCGGCAAUAGUGUUUCAGAGGCUAUAAUUUGCGAGAAGGCUAAGAUGUUGCAUGCAGAUCUUUUAAAAGACAUGCCAGGAACGAGUGAAGAUGUUAGUGAAGUGUUUAAAGCCAGCCAUGGCUGGUUUGAUAAUUUUAAGAAGAGGACUGGCAUACAUUGUGUCAUGAGGCAUGGGGAGGCGGCCAGUGUCAACAAAGACGACUCAAAGGAAUUUGAUACCGAGUUUGGGGAGUUUGUAGAGGCUGAGGGUUUUAAUGGAAGAGGACUCUCCUUCCCAAAAAUAACAUCUCCUCCCCUUCCUCACCACCAUCCUCGUCGGCCAUCAACUCCUCUCUGCAAGUCUCUCUUUGGAUCCCACCAGGAUAUGGCGUGCGCGGUGGCCACCCCGGUGCUGGAGCCGAACGGGGACUUCCCGGCAUGGCUGGAGGCACAGGGCGUGAACACGGAGGUGGCCAGGGCCAUGGACUCAGAGCUGGGCAUCCGAGACUACGGGGUCCUGCGCGCCUGCGUCGGGGACGGCCUCGUGCGGGCCGAGCUGCUGGCCACGGCACGCGACCGCCUGCCCUUCGGCUUCUACGCUGUGCUGCGGCAGGUGGUGAAAGCCCUGCGGGGUGCCGAGCCCCACGAUGGCGCUGGGACGCCGCGCUGGGACGACGCCGCUGCCUCCUCUCCCGGCGACGUGACGCUGGGAGGCCUGGUGGAGGUGCUGCUCGCGCUGUUGAGCGGCUUGAGCCGGGAACUGCUGUUGUCCAUGCAGAGGUUGGAUAACGGGGACUAUCGAAAACGCCAAGUGGCUUCUUCCUUAUCAGCAGCUCGUGUUGCUUCUGAAGAUGAGCCAGCAGAAAUGGAUCAAUUUGAACAAAAUGGGGAGUCGGAAGAAACCUUAAUUCCAGCCUCGAAUGACAACAACUCCACUAUCAUUGCGGACCAAAUUAAAAUGGAACCCUUUCAAGCACUGGAGCAAGGAUCUGGAGAGAUGACUUUAAACGAGAUUCAUGACAAAAUGGGAGUGACCUCGGCUUCAGUCGCAGACGACUCGAUGGUGCAGAUAAAAACGGAGGCCCCAGAAGGUAUGAUUUCAAAUUCUGUAACCCCUUUGCUGUUUCCUGAAGCACUGGAACAAGGAUCAGAAGAGUUGACUUUAAACGAGCUUCAUGACAAAAUGGAAGUAACCUCGGCUUCAGUCGCAGACGACUCGAUGUUGCAGAUAAAAACGGAGGUCCCAGAAGACGAGGAGACUGUUGAACCCUCUUCGGGUUUCAUCAUCCGUCUCGUGAUGCCGAUGCAAGUCGACAGUCAAGUCGUAACCUCAUCAUCCCCACACGACGGAACCACACAAGGUCUGUCUGCUGGUAGCCACGUUUCCAGGACAGUUCCGUCAACGACAGCAACGAUAACACCGCCGCUGCCACCGGUAAUAACGACGGUAACCACAAUGACCGACAACGGCACUCAAAUUGACCGCUGCUUCGCGGAAAUGAAACCAGACAUGCAAGAGCAGUUCGCUCAGCCCAGAGCUUCGAUCAUCGCACAACAGCCAGCCGCGUCCACCAGAGGCAACAAGCUGUACUUCUGCAACCUGUGCGGCCAGGGUUUCACACAGAACGCCAUGCUCAAUAUCCACCUGCGCAAGCACACGUGCGAAAAGCUCUACAUAUGCGCCAUGUGCGGCCGAGGUUUUUCCAGCAGCACCAACCUGAACAUCCACGAGCGGACCCACACAGGCGAGAAACCAUACCGCUGCGGUGUGUGUGGACAGGCGUUCACGCAGCCCAACAGCCUCAAACGACAUCAGCGCAUGCAUACCGGCGAGAAGCCAUACCGCUGCGGAGUGUGCGGCCAGGCAUUCACGAGCAAGCCCAACAUGAUAUACCAUCAAGGCAAGCACCUGAGCCAGACACCGCCACAACCUCUGCCACCGCAGUGAUGAAUGGUUGUGCAAUGUGCUGAUGCAUACCUUCAAACACGAAAUGGGUUGUGUGUGACCUACGGUAUUAAUACUGAGACAGGGAUUUCCAUCACUACCAGGGGUGCUGCCCUAUGCAAACUUUCCUUGGUUAUCACCUCUACCUCCCUGUUCUAUUUUCCAAUUUAAUCUGCUGUUGGUAAAUGCAUCAAGAUGUGAUUGCAUUUAGAUACUAUGUAAAUUGGAAUUGUCAUUUGCAUUGCCUUUUUGGAAAUGGCUGUGGUGGCGUGCAUAUAGACAAAUAUAUUAAUGAAAUCAUGCUUGGACAUUGCAAAAACUGGAUUUUUUUUCAGAAAGUUGAAAAAAGCUAUUUUUCUACAUACCAUGUUUCCUAGGAUUUAGGGUAUAGGAGUAAAUGUCAGGGACAAGUUUUCUAAUCGAUUAAGUUAUUUAUUGGACAAUUUUAUAGCAUGAGUUAUGUGCGACUGGUUUUGUCAAAUUAUAAAUCGUUGUUACAAACGUUCACAAGGAAAGUCACACAUUGCUUCUCCCUAGAUUAUCUUUCAACCCACUUUCUUUGGCCAAUGGUUUGGAAAAAAAUCCCUUCAUAAAAAAAUCAUUAAUGGUUGCUGUUAUCCUGAACUACAGUAAUUUACGUAGUUUGCAACCCUUUGUAAAUCAAUUGCUGAAUUAAGGCUUCCCCACACUGUAUCAGGCAGGUUAGGUUAGCAUAGGAGGUGAAGGUCCCAGGACUGCUUCAGUUAUCACACGCCACUAAUGCUGGCCACGGCCGAGGAUCGGAAUUCGGGUCGCCAAGUUUAAAACACAUGGUGCCAAACACUGCAUCAUCUAUUCCUCCAACCAGCAGGGCCAAAUACAAGAUAACCUGCCUUUGCCACCACACUUCUACUUUUGGUUGUCCACCAUAUCUUCACUCCAGUCACCCUACACUACAGCUCCACAGUAGAACUCCCCACAGUGCCACUCAAAACCUCCUCUCUAUACCAAGGACGAGGGCCGUCGCUGCCAGGCAUCGUUUCUCCGUGGCAGCCCCC